UCAUUUCAGAUCUUUGAGUAGUUUACAUCAAAAAGUUGAGAACACAUGUGGGGUUGUUUAUGUUUUUGUUUCAUAUGAAAUCAGAAAGAAGAGGAGUUAACUAACAAAGUUUUGCAGGUAGCUGUAGACUAGUAACAUGAAAGUUGAUACAGUGAAAUCAGAACCCAAACGUUUUAGCUCUAAAAAAAAGAAAAGUGUGGUGUCAACUUUUCAUGAAAUAGAAGACGAUGUUGGAACACAUGAGAUGGGAAAAUGGUACAAACAGGUUCCAGAUGAUCCAGAGGAAUUCUCAAAAGUGUCAGAUGCAGAAAUAGAACAUUUAAAAUUAGAAGCAAAGAAACUACUAAAUGAUGAGACUUGUUCAUAUACAAACAAAUUAUCAAAAGGUGGCAGACAGUUCGACUACUCAUGGAUGCGAACUGUUGUCAACAAGGGAACAGCCUCUGAUAAAGUUGCUGCAAACACAAUUCUUAUUCAAGAUUCACCUGUUCAUAAUGUGCCAACUCUAAAGAACUUGAUCAGCCUUGUCAAAGUUGGAAAGAAGAAUGAGUGUUUGAUGGUUAUAGACACUCUGACAGAACUUUUUAUGGCUGAUCUACUUCCUCCACACCGAAAGCUGAAAACUUUUGAAUCCAGGCCUCAUGUCAUCUUGCAGGGGUUAAGUGAAGGAAAUAAAGCCAAGAGACAAAAGUACCUCAUGUACUGGUUUUUUGAAGAUCAACUCAAGGAAUUGUACAUGACAUUUGUACAGUCACUACAGUCUGUCUCCCAUGAUUCUGUGGACAAGAAUAAAGAGAAAGCUAUAACAGCUUUCUAUAAACUGCUUGCAGGGAAUCCUGAACUAGAAAGUGUAUUACUUUCAAAUCUUGUUAACAAAUUGGGUGAUCCAAGUCAGAAGGUUGUUUCAAAAGUAAUGUAUUGCCUGACUCAGUUACUUCAUGUACAUCCAAACAUGAAAGGUGUUGUGACUGAAGAAAUUGAGAAACUUCUGUUCAGGCCUAAUAUAAAACAAAGAGCUCAGUAUUAUGGCCUGUGUUUUUUGACACAGCUGUUGUUCACUAAAGAUGAAGCGUCUCUGGCAGUUACAUUAAUUAAGUUAUAUUUUUCCUUCUUCAAAGCCUGUGUUAAAAAGGGAGAGAUUGAUUCAAGGCUGAUGAGUGCAUUAUUCACAGGAGUCAAUCGGGCAUUCCCAUUUGCUCGAAAUGAAAUUAACACUAUUAUGGAACAUAUUGAUACACUAUACAAAGUUGUGCAUAUAGCAUCCUUCAAUGUCAGUCUACAUGCCUUGUGCCUGCUGUUCCAUAUCACUGACCAAGAAAAUACAUCAGCUGACAGGUAUUACUCUGCCCUGUACAAGAAACUGGUGGAUCCACAAAUUGGAUGCUCUUCACACCAGGCUGCCUUUGUGAACCUCUUAUUCCGUUCCUUACAAAAGGAUACUAGCACUCCGCGAGUAUGUGCAUUCAUCAAACGUCUACUGCAGCUUUGUUUGGUGUGGCCAGUUCCUCUGGUAUGUGGUGUCCUGUACAUGAUUUCACAACUUUUAGUCAAACAUGCAAAUAUUUUAUCCUUUGAGCUGAAACAUACACCUAAAUUUGAAAAUGAUGGAAGUGAUGAAGAAGAACACUAUGAUGAUGUGCUAGAAGAGGAUAAGGCAUCUGAAGCUUCUACCAAUAAUGCAAUAAACAAUAAAAUAAAAAAUGAAGAAGUUAAGGGAACAUGGUUUCACUGUCAAAAUGAUAGGCACAAGGGUCUUAAAAAGAUACGUGCAUAUGAUGCUUUCCAAAGAAAUCCUCUGUUUGCUGGUGGGGAAUAUAGUGUAUGUACUGAACUGCGACACCUAAACAGCCAUUAUCACCCUACUGUGUCUCUGUUUGCACAGAAAAUUCUCCAAGGAGAAAAAAUAAUUUAUUCUGGAGAUCCACUUCAAGACUUCACUUUGUCAAGGUUUUUGGACAGAUUUGUUUUCAAAAACCCAAAGAAGAACUCUGAGAACUCUGAUACAGUGGUACACAAAGUCCAGUAUACUCCUACUGGAGUAAAGUCACUUGCUGUUACUAGUGACAGCUAUCUCAACACAGAUGAAUCGAAAAUACCUGUUGAUGAACUCUUUCUGUAUAGGUACCUGAAAAAGAAAAGAAAAGAUACAGUUCCCAAGGACACUGAAAGUGACAUUGAAAGUGUAGCAAGUGAGGAAUUUGAAGAAAUGAUUGAUAGUAUGAUGGGUGUAAAGAAGGGUGAUAUUGACUUCGCUAAUGAGGUUGCUGGUAAACUUACAUCAGCAGAAAAAAAAGAGACAGACAGUGACGAUGAUUCUGAUGGAAGUGGUGCUGAUCAAGAUAUGGAUGAUGUGUUUGAUGAUGAUCUUGAUGUUGAUGAGGAUCUUGAUGAAGAUAUUGAUGAUGGUGAUUUUGAUGAUGAUGAUGAUGAUGAUGAUGAUGAUAUUGGUAGUAGUACUGGAAGAGAUGAUAUUGAUGCAGAGGAUGAUGAUGAAGAGGAAUUAGUAUUCGAUGAUAUGUCUGAUGAAGAAGUUGAUGUAAAUAGCAUUCGGGAGGACAUAAGGAGGAAAAAGUUUUCAUUGAAGGCAAACAAAAAGAAAGGAAGAAUCCUACAGAAGAAAGGUCUUGAUGAAGAGAUUUUCAUCCCCGCUGAAGAGUUUGCUGAAAUAUUGGAAGAUACUGGAACGUCUGAUCACAAUGUAGGAAGCAUAUCAGCAGUGUCUACCAAAGAUAAUGCUGAUGUUAAACAGCUGAAAUGGGAGGCAAAGAGAGAUAUGUGGAUGCAGCAGAACAAGAAAUGGAAACGCAAACGUAAAGGAAAGCAAUCGGGACCUGUUACUAAGAGAAGAAGGAACUGAAUUCUCAGACAUUUGAAAUGUUUUUGCAACCAGUGUGUUUAUGUACAGUAACUCAGGCCAGAGAAGAAUGUAAAUAAAAUAUUAAUUAGUUUUAUUAUA